CUUAAGUUUUAAUGAACAUUUAGUUUCCUCGACUGUAAUGGUGUAGUCUACUAUAAACUUUUAGGAUAUUCAGAAAGUGCGUCCUCUUAUUCGCGCAUCUCCUCUAUUGCAAGUUCUACUUCGUCCAUGUUUUUUCGCAGGUAUUUCAGUCAUUCCGCCUUUAGGCUAACCAAAGUUGAUAUACUCAAGCAGAUAGAGUUGGCAAAGGCCCACCAUGCUCCUGAAUUGCCUGUGGAGAACUCAAUAGCGUUGUCGUCUCAAGAUCUCAGUGGAAAGAACGAAAUCAAUGAUAAAAAGUCGCCUUUGAUUAUGAUACAUGGGUUAUUCGGUGCCCGACAAAACUAUUCGUCCGUGGGACGCAAAAUCUCAGCACUUUCGAAUCGCCAGACCAUCGGUGUGGAUAUGAGAAACCACGGCGCUUCAAGCCAUGUCUUUCCACAUGACUAUGCUCACAUGGCAAAAGACACGAUCAGGUACCUUGAGGCUUUUGGAAGAAAAGUGGUGUUAGCAGGGCACCUGAUGGGGGCCAAAGUUUCAAUGUUGGUGGCACUCCAGCGGCCCGAGUUGGUCGAGAAACUUAUUGUCAUAGAUAACUCGCCAAAAGCCGAAACUCUUGAUUUUAGGUUCACUCGGGACCUUCUUGCCAUGUGCCGUGUUGAGCAAGAGCUACACUCACAUGGUACUACACAAGCCAGGCUUCUAAAAGAUGUUGACCGCAUCAUGGCAGCGUAUGAACCAGAUGCCUUGGUGAGGAUGUUUUUGGCAUCCAACUUGAAAAGACCGUCCAAGAAAGCGGACAACUCUGAAAAAGUCCAGUUUCGCAUUCCUGUUUUGAAUUUCCUAAAGCAUGACGUCUUACCCAAAAUGGGAGGAUGGCCAUCGGAACUCGUGAGAAAACAUACAUUCAAAAAGCCUGUUCUUGUCAUGCGGGGUCUCGACUCGAACUUCGUGGCGGACGAGCAUUUGAAGUCUCUGUUUCCGACUUACUUUCCUAAUUUUGAAAGAGUUGAUUUCGAUUCUGGGCACUGGCUUGUCAGUGAGCAGCCAGAUAAAUUUGUGCAAGAAACAUUGAAAUUCUUGGGCGAUGCAUAAACGGUUGCCAAUAGUUAUUGCGGCGAAUGGAAGUGCAGUUUACGUAUUGGAAACGCGGCUGCCUAUUAUGGAUAGUGACUUCAACAGUAUAUUCAUAUUUAGAUCAUAUUUAAGAAAUACACGAACAAGCGCUGAUCGCUUAUGUCACCGUUAAGAUCGAAAACCUAUGAAGUCAGUGCAAUUAAUAAACUGCCACAAUUCUCACAUAAAUGCUUGUCCGUCGGAAACACUGCUCCUCGCAACUCUGCGCGUAAAAUGGCGUGUUUUAUCACUUUAACCACCUAGCACCUCUAUAACAGCUCUGUGUCUUCUAAUUUGCUUUUCAAAGUGAAAUUAUUAGCGCACGCGCAGUUCAGGACAUGUAGAUUGAUAUCACCAAAAUGGCGCAUUUAUUGUGGCGCUAGGUUGAUUGCUGU